GAGGGGGGUUGUGAAGACUCCGGAAGGCUGGUGGCAGGAGGGCGGCGGCGGCUGAGGUCGAGGGGCCGGAACGCCAACAAGGAACUCACUGUGUAGCUCUGGCUGAUCUGGACCCUGCUUUGUAGGCAAGCUGGCCUGAAAUUGAGCUAUCCACCUGCUUUUGCCUCCUGGGUUGCUGGUUUAAAGAUAGUUGAAGUAUUGGUAACACCAAGGAAAGCUGUCACAAUUUGAAAAGAUAAUCCAAGACUGAUUUCCAGACACUACAAGAAAAAAGGAAGGAAAAAUGGCAUUGUACCAUCAUCACUUCAUCACAAGAAGAAGAAGGCGUCCCAUGAGAAUUUUUGUGAACGAUGAUCGCCAUGUGAUGGCAAAGCAUUCUUCAGUGUACCCAACGCAAGAAGAGCUGGAGGCCGUACAGAAUAUGGUAUCUCACACUGAGCGGGCCCUCAAGGCUGUCUCUGACUGGAUUGAUGAGCAGGAGAAGGGCGGCAGCGAACUCGCUGAGGCAGAAAAUAUGGAUACGCCCCCAGACGAUGAGAGCAAAGAAGGGGCUGGGGAACAGAAGGCGGAACACAUGACUAGGACCCUGAGGGGCGUGAUGCGGGUCGGCCUGGUAGCCAAGGGUCUUCUGCUCAAGGGGGACUUGGAUCUGGAGCUGGUUCUGCUCUGUAAGGAGAAGCCCACAACUGCCCUUCUGGACAAGGUGGCUGACAACCUGGCCAUCCAGCUCACUACUGUAACAGAAGACAAGUACGAAAUACUCCAGUCUGUGGAUGAUGCUGCGAUUGUGAUAAAAAACACAAAAGAACCCCCCUUGUCCUUGACCAUCCACCUGACCUCCCCUGUUGUCAGAGAAGAAAUGGAGAAAAUAUUAGCCGGAGAAACGCUAUCAGUCAACGACCCCCCGGACGUUCUGGACAGGCAGAAAUGCCUUGCUGCCUUGGCGUCCCUCCGACACGCCAAGUGGUUCCAGGCCAGAGCCAAUGGGCUGAAGUCAUGUGUCAUUGUCAUCCGUGUCCUAAGGGACUUGUGUACCCGAGUGCCCUCCUGGGGUCCGCUCAGAGGAUGGCCGCUGGAGCUGCUGUGUGAGAAGUCCAUCGGCACUGCCAAUAGGCCCAUGGGUGCUGGCGAAGCCUUGCGAAGAGUGCUGGAGUGCCUGGCCUCCGGCAUCGUAAUGCCAGAUGGUUCUGGCAUUUAUGACCCUUGUGAAAAAGAAGCCACUGAUGCUAUUGGGCAUCUAGACAGACAGCAACGGGAAGAUAUCACACAGAGUGCGCAGCAUGCUCUGCGGCUCGCUGCUUUUGGUCAACUCCAUAAAGUCCUGGGAAUGGACCCCCUGCCUUCCAAAAUGCCCAAGAAACCAAAGAACGAGAACCCAGUGGACUACACUGUUCAAAUUCCCCCCAGCACCACCUAUGCCAUCACACCCAUGAAACGCCCCAUGGAAGAGGAUGGGGAGGAGAAGUCUCCCAGCAAAAAGAAAAAGAAGAUCCAGAAGAAAGAGGAGAAGGCCGAACCUCCCCAAGCUAUGAAUGCCCUGAUGAGGCUGAACCAGCUAAAGCCGGGGCUGCAGUACAAGCUGAUCUCCCAGACAGGUCCUGUUCAUGCCCCCAUCUUCACCAUGUCUGUGGAGGUAGAUGGCAGUACCUUCGAGGCCUCAGGGCCAUCUAAAAAGACGGCCAAACUACAUGUGGCUGUAAAGGUGUUACAGGACAUGGGCUUGCCAACAGGCGCGGAAGGCAGAGACUCCAGCAAAGGGGAGGACUCGGCUGAGGAGUCGGAUGGGAAGCCAGCCGUAGUGGCCCCACCCCCUGUGGUAGAAGCCGUCUCCAACCCCAGUUCUGUCUUCCCUUCAGAUGCCACGACUGAGCAGGGGCCGAUAUUGACUAAGCAUGGCAAGAACCCAGUUAUGGAGCUUAAUGAGAAGAGGCGUGGCCUCAAAUACGAGCUAAUUUCUGAGACUGGGGGCAGCCACGACAAACGGUUUGUUAUGGAGGUUGAAGUGGAUGGUCAGAAGUUUCAAGGUGCUGGUUCAAACAAAAAGGUGGCAAAGGCUUAUGCUGCUCUUGCUGCGUUAGAAAAGCUUUUUCCUGAUGCCCCCCUUGCCCUUGAAGCCAACAAAAAAAAGAGAACCCCUGUACCUGUCCGAGGUGGACCCAAAUUUGCUGCCAAGCCACACAACCCUGGCUUUGGCAUGGGAGGCCCCAUGCAUAACGAGGUGCCCCCGCCUCCCAACCUUCGAGGCCGGGGUCGAGGAGGGAACAUCCGUGGGCGAGGACGAGGGCGAGGAUUUGGUGGCGCCAACCAUGGAGGAGGCUACAUGAAUGCUGGUGCCGGAUAUGGAAGCUAUGGGUACGGCAGCAAUUCGGCCACGGCAGGCUACACCUCGCACAGAAUUCAGAAUUCUAGAACCAGCGUUGUUCAGCAUCAAGGCAAAGGCCCAGCUUUGCUUUUUACGGAAAGCAUUCCUUUAUUUGAAGAGACAGAUAAUGGUCAGUUCUACAGCAAUGGAGGGCAUUCUGGGAAUGCCGGUGGUGGAGGCAGCGGGGGCGGUGGUGGCUCAUCCAGCUACAGCUCCUACUACCAAGGAGACAGCUACAACUCACCAGUGCCCCCGAAACAUGCUGGGAAGAAGCCGCUGCAUGGGGGCCAGCAGAAACCCUCCUACAGCUCGGGUUACCAGUCCCACCAGGGCCAGCAGCAACCCUACAACCAGAGCCAGUACAGCAGCUACGGCACACCGCAGGGCAAGCAGAAGGGCUACGGCCAUGGGCAGGGCAGCUAUUCCUCCUACUCCAACUCCUACAGCUCCCCUGGUGGUGGUGGGGGCUCCGACUACAGCUACGACAGCAAAUUCAACUACAGUGGUAGUGGAGGCCGCAGUGGCGGGAACAGCUAUGGCUCCAGUGGGUCAUCCUACAACACAGGCUCACAUGGGGGUUACGGCGGAGGUUCUGGGGGCAGCUCUUCAUACCAAGGCAAACAAGGAGGGUACUCAUCACAGUCGAACUACAGCUCCUCUGGGUCCAGCCAGAGCUACAGCGGCCCUUCCAGCUCCUACCAGUCCUCACAAGGCGGCUACAGUCGGAACCCAGAGCACAGCAUGAACUACCAGUACAGAUAAGGCCCAGGCUGCUCUCCCUCUCACCUCCUGCACCUCUGCCUCCGACUCGUCUCGGGAGACUGUCUGCACAUCACCGUCGCCAUGUCCACCGGCGCAGUGCCCACCCGUCCAUGCUGCCGAUGUUGCCACGCUGUGAAGUGUGGUGGUCCCUGAGGCCCGUGCCGUGACCCCUAUUUAGCUGUGUUUGGGACUCCGUGUCUUCAGUGGUUUGUUAGUUGCCAUUCCACCUUGUCUGAGUAGUGUUGGAGUUGUUGCCUUGCGGUGUCCCUCUGUCUGUCCCUGCCCGGUGUGAGUUCCAUCGGGUGUCCUUAAAGAGUUGCAGAAGGGAUACAGCAUCUGUUAAUGCUUUUGUGAAGUGAGUUAAAUGAGCUUGCUUUAUUUUAAUGCUUUAGUGUUUCGGUUUUAUAAGUGAAGAUUUUAUUUUAAAAACCAGUGAGAAAGAGUGGUUUGUUUUGUUUUGUUUUGUUUUGUUUUGUUUUGGUAUGUCUGGAUCAUUCAGGCAGUACAUUUGAAUUCCGCUGAAUGUAGACAAAUAAAGAAAAACAAAACUGC